AUGCAAUCGUCUUGCUUGCUUGCUGGUGCGGCUGCGGCUGCUGCUGCUGCUGCUCUGCUGGGCGACGAGAUGUGGUACAUAGGUGCCGCUGCCGCUGCCGCCGCCGGGUGCGUAGAUCAAGUGUCACAAUCCCAGUCCGAAGAACGGGCAACAUGGUCUGUGGGUAUUGCGCGAGAGAUGGUGGUAGCUUGGUGGAGCUGGUGCAGUGUGAAAAACGACGGACCGAGGCUGGGCCAGAUGGGCCAGCUCUGGGAGCAGAUUGCUGUCUUGUGCUUGGGGUGCCCUGACGAGUUCUUAGCCCCUGGUGGCACGCCAGUCGAGGCACCGUCGGCCGAUGGUUGGUAUGGUGGAAUGACUCACGGCCUUGUCGUGGUGCACAAGGUUCACGGUGUUGCUGGCAGCAUGGCGAUGGCGAUGGUGAUGGCGAUGGUGGUGCUUUACAUUAGUUGGUCCACAUGA